AUGACGCUAAAACGUAAUUCCGGACCGCCUCGUGCGUGGGGAGACUACUACGUUGGUGGUCGAAAGAAGCGACCGUGGCUGUUGGAAAGUGUCCAUUCGAUAAACCAGAUGAUCCCUGGCUUCAGCGAGAUGUUCGAUGAGGUUGGAUUGGUGUGAAAUUGAUGUGGUUGGUGUGCUUUUUUGUUAUUCCUCUUUUUCUGAGUUUAGAUUUUAAUUACCAAACAUUAAUCUCUAAUAUUGUGUUUGAUGUUGAAGACAUACUCAACUACGGCUUCUGUUAAUUGCAAUUCAAUUUGCAGGAAACCUUCUACAUGUUUGCGUUGAUUGUCUGCAUAUCCGCGUUUCUUUUGGCCUUCUUUUUGUCGAAGGUUGUUGGAGUCCGACUAAAAGAGCAUGACAUUCAAAUUAAUCGACAAUGGAGAGAUUGGCGACCAGCAAACCCAUUCAAAUUCCCGUGGCAUGUGGCCAAAGAGUUCCAAGAAAGAAUGAGGGACCGAAAGAAAAAUGAAAAACAAGAAUAA